CACAAGCGAAAGCGUGUGCUUACAUAGAGAAAAAGGAUGUCCCACUGGCAAGUCGUCUUCUUCUUCUUCAGAUCUGAAAGCCAGUUUGACUAAGCCUUGGGUUUUGCAGAGAGUUUUCAAGAGUUAAAAAAACCCCACAAAAACUCAUCCAGGUCUGCUCUAUUUUUCUAUAUUUUGGGGUUGAAAACAAAGCAGAUCUCAGAUAUAGGAGUGUAUAACAGAGAGAUGGGAUUGGUGGGUAUCCAAGAGAAUGGAAAUGGAAAGAUGGAGUUGUCUGGUGUUCCUAAUCCUCUGGGGAUCAAAAACAAGUACAGAAGGAUGGAUUCUGAGCUGACUGAAUAUGGAGAUGAAGAUCUCUCAAAUCAUCAUCAGAAGGAAAGGAGCAAGAGUACCAGAAAAUACGUUUUUGCUUGUGCUGUUUUUGCAUCUCUCAAUUCUGUCCUUCUUGGCUAUGAUGUGGGUGUUAUGAGUGGAGCAAUCAUAUUUAUCCAAGAAGAUCUGAAGAUUACAGAGGUGCAAUCAGAAAUUUUAGUUGGUUGUUUGAGCAUCAUUUCCCUUUUGGGUAGUUUAGCUGGUGGAAGAACAUCAGAUGCCAUUGGUAGAAGAUGGACAAUGGGAUUAGCUGCCAUUGUCUUCCAAACAGGUGCAGUUAUAAUGACUCUUGCUCCUUCAUUCCAAGUUUUAAUGGUAGGAAGACUCUUUGCCGGGGUUGGGAUUGGCUUCGGAAUCAUGAUUGCGCCUGUAUACAUCGCUGAGAUAUCACCAACCAUCGCUCGAGGCUCACUCACCUCAUUCCCAGAAAUUUUCAUAAACCUUGGAAUCUUACUCGGUUAUGUCUCGAACUAUGUAUUUUCAGGUCUUCCAGUUCACAUUAACUGGAGGAUCAUGCUUGCAGUGGGAAUUCUUCCCUCGGUACUCAUAGCAUUUGCGCUGUGCAUAAUCCCCGAGUCACCAAGAUGGUUGGUCAUGCAGAACCGAGUUGAAGAAGCAAGAACAGUCCUCAUGAAAACUAAUGAGAAUGAGGCAGAGGUAGAGGAAAAACUCACCGAAAUACAAUUAGCUGCUGGAACUGGUAAUGGAGAGAAGUACGAAGAGAAAGCUGUGUGGCGUGAACUUCUAAGUCCUUCUCCUGCAGUUUGCAGGAUGCUGAUCACAGGCCUUGGAAUCCAGUGUUUCCAACAAAUUACGGGUAUUGAUGCAACUGUUUAUUACAGUCCAGAGAUCUUUGAAGCAGCUGGUAUUAAGGGUAAUAAAAAGCUUCUUUCUGCUACUGUUGCUGUAGGCCUUUCUAAGACUGCAUUCAUACUAGUUGCCAUUAUUCUCAUUGACAAAGUUGGGAGAAAGCCACUGCUCUAUGUGAGCACAAUUGGUAUGACUGUGUGUUUAUUCAGCUUGGGGGCUACUCUUUCUUUCGUAAGAGGAGGAACUGUUGGGAUUACAAUGGCGUUAUUGUCAGUGUGUGGAAAUGUAGCUUUCUUUUCUGUUGGAAUUGGUCCGAUUUGUUGGGUUUUGACAUCUGAAAUCUUCCCUCUAAGACUUCGCGCUCAAGCUGCAGCACUUGGGGCGGUUGGUAAUAGAGUGUCCAGUGGCCUGAUUGCCAUGUCCUUCCUCUCAGUCUCCCGGGCAAUCACAGUGGCUGGAACCUUCUUCAUCUUUUCAGCACUGUCAGCACUUUCAGUUGCCUUUGUUUAUAAACUUGUUCCAGAAACAAAAGGAAAAUCUCUAGAGCAGAUAGAGUUGUUAUUUCAGAAUGAGCAUGAAUGGCAAGGUGGUCAAGUGGAGAUUGGAGAUGUUGAGCAUCUAGUGCAGAAAGAAUGACCCAUGUCAUUCACAUUUUUUUUUUCCAUGUCAUUCACAUUCAGUUCAUGAUCGAAUCCCAGAAGCUCAUAUACGUUCUUGGUUGGACGAGUAUGAAAACUUACCAUUGAACUCGUGCUUGUACACAUUCAAUUGAAUUGUUGGUAAAGAGGCAUUUAAUGAAAUACGAGGAAAAAUAUCGUCAGUAAACAGUACUGAAAAAGAAGCUAGAAAAAUUGAUAACUGGCAUUCCGUUUGCAGCAGGAACGUGCAACAUUCGUUAGAAUUUUUGGUCAACGUAGCAUAAAACUUCACCUUUGUCUGUUUCGUAAGGGUUUUCAGCUGAAAAUAUUGUAUACAAGAAUGAUAUUACAUACGAAACAGGAGAUCGUGACCAUGGAAAGAAUUAAUGUACCUUCCUCACACAAAUUAUUAUGAUUGACAUCUCACAACAAUAAUGUACAUACAUGCACUUACAUAUGCCACCUUUUCAAGCUAGGCAGG